GGGUGAAAAGGGAAGAGUGACUCAUUGAUCACUAAAGUUUAAAAAUAGGAAUCCAAUUUCUCAGGUAAUCAUCAAAAUCAAGAGGAAGAAGAUGAGUAGCUCUGAUCCACCACCAUCAUCAUCUCACAACGUCUUCGUCUACGGUAGCAUUCUAGAACCCGCCGUCGCCGCCGUGAUCCUUGAUCGCACCGCCGAUACUGUCCCCGCCGUUCUCCAUGGCUAUCAUAGGUAUAAACUCAAGGGUCUUCCAUAUCCUUGUAUUGUACCUUUUGAAUCUGGAAAAGUCAACGGAAAGGUGAUAACUGGAGUAUCUGAUGCUGAGUUAAACAAUUUCGAUGUGAUUGAAGGUGUUGAUUAUGAGAGAGUUACUGUUGAAGUUGUUAGAGUGGACAAUGGUGAGAAGAUGAAGGUUGAAACUUAUGUUUGGGUUAAUAAAGAUGAUCCUAGAAUGUAUGGAGAAUGGGAUUACGAGGAAUGGAGAGUGGUUCACGCGGAGAAGUUCGUGGAGACGUUUAAGAGAGUGUUGGAAUGGAACAAGAAUCCAAAUGGGAAGAGUAGAGAUGAAGCUAUAGGGCCAUUGGUGUUGUCUCAGGAUUGAUUUGAUUGUUUGUUUGAUGAGCUGAGAACAUCAUUUGUUAUUUUAUCUACUACUCUUGGAAGGAGAAGAGUGAAUAAGUGUUAUGAGUGUUUUUGAAAUAAUGUGUUUGUGUGUUUUUGGUACUUGAAACUGAGUCCUUCUAUGUGAUUUUUGUAUGAAUCUCUUGUUGGUGGUACGUUCUGGUUUCUGAAAUUUGAGAAUCUUGAAUUCGACUA